CUCGCUUCCUCCACCCGUCCCUACCUGUCCUUACACUCAAGAGUAAUCGCAAUGGACGACGAAGACUUCUUCACCUCCCUCGGCCGCGGCUCCUCAUCCACCUCCAACGCCCGUGGCCGUGGCGGCGGCACCACCACUAACUCCUUCCAAGACCGCCUCCGCCGCGCAUCGCGCCACGAUCCCGACGGCCUGCCCGCAGCCGGCCCAUCAUCCCGAGACGCAGACGGCGACGUGCGCAUCCGCGAUGCCGGUGCCGACCACGUCAACGGACUCGGGCGGGGCCACGCCGCCGAAGACGGAGGCGACGAUGAUGAGGAGCUGCCCGACUUCCUGCGCGAGGACGUCUCGGAGACGCCGCUGCAGCAGCUCGUGCGCCAUUGGAUGAACGAGCGGCACGCGCCGGACAUACUGCCCGUCCAAGAGGCCCUUCUCAGCGAGCUGCUGGAUCAUAUUAGGCGUCAGAGUGAAACGGUACAGCUCCUGCGCGGUGACCCCAGCAGCUCAGAAGACGAACACUUCCGGAUCAUGCUCGUCCAAACAGAAGUCGAACGCGUCAAGUUCGUCGUGAGAUCGUACCUCCGCACGCGUUUGUUCAAGAUCGAGAAGUACGCGCGGCACAUCAUGACGCAGCCCGAAAUGCAGGAGAAGCUGCUGGAGAACGAGGUCGAGCACGCGAGACGAUACGCAAACCUAACCGACCAGCACUUCUACCACGCCGUUCUGCAGAGUCUGCCCGACAGCCAGCAGACAUUGGAUGACGCACCGCCGUUCGUCCCACCGAUGGUCGCCGAGCCAGACAGGUCUCGACCAGUGUUUGUGCAUGCAAGAGAAGACUGUCCUCGAAUAACGCUUCCAGACGGGACCCCACACGAGAUGAAGAAAGGCCACAUCUCGCUAACCCCCUACGCCGUCGUUGACCAGCUAGUUGCUCGUGGAGAGGCUGAGCUAGUGUAGCCGUACGGAUCGACACCUUACAUCACA